CUAACCACUGAGCUACAGGACUCUGGAUUAUUGUUUUAAUGGAAGCAAAAUUCGACAGAUUGCAUUGAGCAAAACAUCUAUUCUGUGAGAAUCUGUCCUGAGCCGCCCUUUGUCCAGACAAAUACAGACAGAUUGUGCCAGAACCUUGCCACAUCUCAAGAUCACGAUUACAAAACCCAGCGCAAGAAUAUUGAAUAUGGAAACUGACGUGAAGAUGAAAGUUGAGAAAGAAACAAAAUCUGCAAUAAAUGAUCAGUUGGAAAAAUCCCAGGCUCCAGGUCCCAGUCAGUCACCACCUGCCCUAGAGGCAGGCCACUAUUCAGCAUGUGAGAGAGGGUUCGUACCCUCACCAGAAGUGGAAAGCCUGGGCACUGACUCAGAAGAUGGACCAGUGGAGUCCGGUGAGUGUAAGGAGGAGCUUUUCACGUCCAUUGACCUGACGAAGCCUAAGCAUAUUCACACUGGAGAGAAACCCUUCGAGUGCAUUGCUGGGAAACAAGAAUUUUGCACAUCGAGCAAACUGACCGAGCAUGAUCCCGAGCAUGCUGGAGAGAAAGCCUUUGAAUGCAUGAUGUGCGAUAAGCACUUUUACACUGCUGGAGAGUUGAUCGGGCACCAGAGUAUUCACACAGUGGAGAGACCCUUUGAGUGCAACAUGUGUCAAAAGCAGUUCUGUGGAGCCGGGGGCCUGAAAAAGCAUCAACUGAUUCACAGCGGUGAGAGACCGUUCGAGUGUGCCAUAUGUCAGAAGCAGUUCUAUAACUCCACAUACCUGGCGGUGCACCAGCGAUUUCAUACUGGGGAGAGGCCGUUCCAGUGCACCAUCUGUCAGAAGAGGUUCUGCACAUCCAGCCACCUCCGAGAGCAUCAGAGAAUCCACACUGGGGAGCGACCCUUUGCCUGCAAGGUGUGUGAGAAGAGGUUCUGUACUUCCAGUCACCUGACAGAGCAUCAGCGAAUCCACACUGGAGAGAGACCCUUUGCCUGCAGGAUGUGUGACAAGAGGUUCUGUACAUCCAGCCACCUGACAGAGCAUCAGCGCUCGCACACCGGAGAGCGUCCGUUUGCCUGUAGGAUGUGCGAGAAGAGGUUCUGUACGUCCAGCCACCUGACGGAGCACAAGCGAACCCACACCGGAGAGAGACCCUUCCCGUGCAGGAUGUGUGACAAGAGGUUCUGCACUUCCAGUCACCGGAAGCAACAUGAACGGAGUCACACUGGGAUCAAGCCAUUUGAGUGCGGCAUCUGCCAGAAGAGGUAUCCCACCUCGACUCACCUGACAAUGCACCAGCAGACCCACACUGGAGAGAGGCCUUUUCAGUGUGACCUGUGCAAAAAACGCUUUUAUCGAUCCAAUCACCUGAUAGCCCACCAGCGCAUACACCUGCGAGAUAAACCAUUUGCGUGCGAGGUGUGUAAGCAACGAUUCUCCUCGGUCAACCUUUUUAAAGCACAUCAGCAAACCCACAUUCCAGAGAAAUAGUUUUGGUAUACGUUCAAGUGAAAAGCAUCGAUAUUGAGCCCACAUGAACCCUGCAGAGAAAACAAUGUGAGCGUGUUUUGUGUGCGCGUGUGUAUGUGUGUUUUUUUGGGGGGAAAAAAAUAAUACCUCUUCUUGCAUAUCCCUUAUUGCCUUAUCUUAACUCCUGGGAAACAAAAUUGUUGCUACAUCUGGUUAAUGGACAGUGCACCUGGACCCCAAAAAGUUUGAAAUACAUGUGUGUUAUAGACUAUUUCUGACAAGUGUAUCAACUAAUUCACAAUGAAGAGAAACAACUUGAAUGGAUUGCUGUCCUAUCACUUAAACCAUUCCUACAUCCCUGCUGAAAAAUGUGGAUGUUGGGUUGGGAUAGGAUUAGGUCUUGACUAUGUCCUGGAUUCGUGGUCCAGGCUUUUAAUUUGAAUAAUUGCAGUUGGGCAAGAUUCUGGAAGGUGCCAGUGUGAGAACAGAACCCCAGUAGAAGGAAAACGGAGUCUCAAUGCCUUCAAGAAUGGGGAUGGGAAGAAAAAAAUGAAAGGAGGAAAAUAUAUAGGAAAAGAGGGUGGGAAUUAGAACAAUACGAUGAAAGGACUACUUUUUUCCUAGAAAGAAGGAACUUGCAGUUUUAUUGCAUCUUAUCACGUUUGUGUCUCAAAGUGCUAUAAAGUAAUUACUAUCAAGUGUAGUGACUUUCUUUUGUAAGCACACACGACAGUCAUUUAGUGUGCAGCCGGCGUCUCAAACAGCCAUGAGAUGACUGAUUUUAUCUGGAGGAUUGCUGUCCAGAAUACCAGGAGAAAGUUCCUAAUCUUUUCACAUGGUGUCGUGGGAUCUGUAACAUCUACUCGAAGAGCAGGCGAAUGGGACUUUGAUGUUUCAUUCGAAGGACAUCGCCUCUUGACAAUUGAGGCCAGCUCUCAGUACUGCACUGAAGGAUCAGCCUGAAAUUGUGAAAGACAACAGUGCAACCGAUUGAGCCAAACUGACACCCUGCAGAGGGAUUGACCAUAAUGUAGACCUCAAAUUAUUUCAUGUCAGAAAAUAUCCAGACAUGCCAGUGAUCUGAUUGUGCAUCACCACCUCACAUUAUUUGAAAGUCCAACAAGCUUCAGACUUCAUCACAAAGCAAUUAAACCCACUAUUACAUUCAAAUUAAACUGACUAUUUUUCAUUUAGGGGAGAAGCGUUACUCAAAUCGGUAUAUAUCAAGUAAUAGAGGUCUACAACCUUGCGAUGUUUUGAUGUUCGUGUGUAUCAAUAUGUAUCAGCAACUAAUUCCGUAUAUUGAAAUUGUGGAUGUUCCUAAGAUUUGGGAAACGUUUCUUUUAGAAUAUGGAAAUUAGAGGACUUGUAAAUACACGCUUGAAAAAUUUGCAACUGUGUAAUGUGUGUGGGGGGAGGGAUGAACAAGUAUCUCCUAGGGGUGGGUUGGCUCUGCAGUGAAUAGCAGAGUUGAGUCAGCUCUCUUUGGUAGGCUUGAUCCAUUACAUGAGUGGGGGGGGCCCACAGUACUCCAGCGCACUGCGGAUGGCUGACCAUCCUGUCUUUCUGGUCAGUGGGACUUGGACAUAGACAUGCCACAUAGGGAUGUAAUUCUUCUCACUUCACUUCUGAUAAUCCUGCAAGACAAGUUCUUAACUUCUGGCAUUGGCAAGUGAGGUGUGCCCUUAUAGGGGAGAGAUCGCACACUUCAGAGCAGGUGAGCUGGAAUUACAGAUUCUUAAGUAUAGCAAUGGGUUUCUGCACAAAAUUUGUCAAAUAUGAUAAGAGGGUAGAUAGAAGCAAGUUAAUAUCCCAAGGGACCCAAAGCAAGUUAGAAUAGAGGAUGAACAGUUGGUAACACAUUUUAUUGAAUACUUCCUGUGUUUAAUCAGGAAGGUCACAAAAAAAUGUAAUAAUAAACAUGUAUUGUUUGAGCUGCAGGACUUUGACAUUAGUGAAGCUAAGAUUCUAGGUUGGAAGAAUAUGUCCAAAUGAUGGUGCUAUUGAAAGGAGUGCAUCGGGGGUCUGGCUGGGGACCCUUUCUGUUCCUUGUGUAGAUUAAUGGCCUGGAUUUGCAGUCAGUACACAAUAGUUUAAUGUGCAGACAACACCCAAGUUAGAGGGAACUAUGAAAUGAGAGGAGGCAAUGAAAGAGAGCUUGGUAGGGUUUCCACGUGGAUCCAUCUCUGGUAAAGGAAGUUCAAUACAACUAAUAAGUGCAGGUACAUAGAAGACGUGUGUACCCUUUGGAUGGUAUAGAAUUUUCCACGGUGGAAUUCGCAAAAAGACCUGGGGAUGUCAGCUGACUCAUCAUCCACCAUGUUUGAAUAGUGUAAGGCAGGAAUAAAUUAGGUAAAUAGGGUGCAGGACUAUAAUGCCAGAUCAGUUGAGUUUAUAUCCCUAGAAGUCAUGCUCAAGCUAAACAGUUAUGAGCAGGCCUCACCUGGAGUACGGUGUAUAGUUCUAGAUGCCACGGCAUCUAGGGACUGGCCAGGGCCUAAAAUAUAGAGAAGAGUAACAAAGAACGGUCCCCUAUUUCAGAGGGAUUUCUGUGACCUGGGAUGCCCUCCCGAUGUGAAAGGCGCUAUAUAAAUGCAAUUUGUUGUUGUUAGAUGAGCUAUAAGGAAUCAUUAAAUAAAUUUGUCCUCUUAAACCUUGCAACAUGAGACAUCUCAGAGGUGACCUUAUAGAGGUUUACAAUAAUAAAAUAUGAGGCUUGCAUUUGGCACAGUGUCUAUAUUGUCAAAACACUUGACACUCAAAAUUUCUGUUAAGUGUAUCGACUAUUUUGUAGACAAACACAGUGAUUAAUUUGUGCAUCGCAAUGUCUCACAAACAGCCAUGAAACGAAUGACCAAUUUAUUUGGAGAGUUGUUGGCUCGACACUAGGAGAAAAUCAUUUUUCUCUUCAAAUAGUGUCAUAGGAUCUUUAAUAUCCAUUUAAAGAGGUAGUAAAGCCCUCAAUUUAAUAUUUUGUAGGAUGGCAUCUCCAACAGUGCAACCCUCCCCAGCACUGUAUUGUUGGAAUGUCAGCUCAGACUGAGCUGAAAGUCACAAUGUGGGGUGUCAACCUACAACCUUUUCACUCAGAGGUGAGAGUGCUACCAACUGUGCCAGGCUGAUGUAUGUAGAAGAUGCUGUAUAGAAGACAUAGAAAAAAUAUUUAGAAGAUUCUAAGUGCAACUAAGCAAGUGAACCAAGAACAAUAUUUUUAAAAGCGUCAAGACAGCACAGAUGCAGGGUUAUGAAGAGCAAUUUCAGAAUAAACACCAGGAAGCAUUUGUUAAUGGAUGAUCAUUGAAUUGGGUUAUCGGGAAGGAUGGUUGAAGCCAGACAUGACUCAUUUAAGAAACUACUUGAUGAGCUGAUGGAAAGAUAAUAUUUUGGAUGGAUGAGAUUACAUGGGUUAAUGGGCCUUCAUCGGAACUUCUUUUGUAAUGAUAAGACUUCCUGCUAACCAAAAUACACACCAAUCUUACAAAAUGUUUCAAACCAAUUUACUUUGUGCAAAGAAUUCUCAGUCUAAUGCAGCACAGAGUGAUGGAAAAUUUAUUGAAACCUGAUUCUGUAUAUUCUGAAAAUUUGUGGGAUUUGAGGAAGGGUUAAUUUUCCUACUGGUAAACGAGUGAACAGGGAAGUGCUGUAUAACCAACUUUAAAAUUGUAUUGUAACCUUUAACUUGGCUCUAAUUUAACAGUCUGUUUUGUGUAAAAUGUUGAUUUUAAAUAAUUGCAAUUUAGUUCAGUAACAGUGUGUUACAAUAAAAUCUUGAUUUAUCCUUCAUA